AAAAAUAAAAAAAAUAAUUUAUUGUGCAACAAGAACCGAAAUAAUAAUUUAUGAGCAUUUACACUUUUAUGAAUUGCUCUCAAUUACAUUGCACCAAACCUCUGCCGCUUUAUAUUCAAAAUGUUGAAACCAAGCUUUAAAUUUUGAGUUGAGUGGCUAUUGAAAUUUAAUGUCUCUGAUAAAGUAACACCAACUAUCAUAAGGUAAUUGUUGUGAUUUUUCCUCCAUUUAUUAUUUUAACGCACUGAGUGAAUCAUAAUUAAUUUGGAAUUAAACAUAAAUAAAUUAAUCUACUGUAUAUAUAUAUAAUAUUAUGACCAAAUUGCGGGAUUAAAGCGCGGGAAAAUAAUUGUCUGGCCGCCGCAGAACAAAGACGGCCACCAUCAUGUGACGGUGGGGCUGCCGGCCAACGCCACUUAGAGCCAUCAGUAAAAUUUAUGUAUAUAUAAUGAAUCAGUAAAAUUUUAUCUACCAACAAUUACUAAUUUCUUACUCCACGCGCCUUUUGCUACAGAGUAAUAUACUUUUUGCUUUAUUGUUUCUCACUUUAUUUUUUUUUUUCCAGUUCUCCCUCUCAAAUCUCAAAUCAUUCCAUUUUCACACACACACACACACACACCUAGCUUUUCAGUUUCCACCGUGCCUGCCAGUUUGACGUUGAAAUUGUGCCGUUGAAGCAGUGGAUUGGUGUAAUUUUAACUUUUGUUUUUGAUUUUCAGUUCCAAUUUAGAGUAAUUGUAGUCGUUUAGGGGAUGGAUCACUUUCUCGUUUCGCAGUCCGACGAUGAGUUCGAUGAGCUAGAUUCGCGCCGUUGCGACGACGGUUACAGCCUGAGCGCCGACGUCAGUGAAUCGGAGAGUUCGACUUCGAGCGCGGACACAUUUUCUUCUGAUCGCCGGCGAGCUUCGGCCUGCACGGCAGUGUCUCCGCUUGAAUUACCUUCCAAUUCCGAGUGUUUGUUGCCGCCUCCGAUCAUGUUGCCGGUUGUGGGGGGUAGACACGUCAUAUUUCCUGCGGAGAAGCCUGGUAGAGAUAAACCUGAUCGAACUGAAUCGACCGAGGCUGAACUGAUGAAGGAAAGAUUUGCAAAGUUGUUGCUCGGAGAGGAUAUGUCCGGUGGCGGAAAGGGCGUAGGUACUGCUCUCGCAAUCUCCAACGCAAUCACUAAUCUCGCAGCUAGUGUUUUCGGAGAGCUCUGGAAGCUGGAGCCGUUGGCCCCACAAAAAAAGUCGAUGUGGCAGAGAGAGAUAGAGUGGCUAUUGUGCGUUAGUGAUUCCAUAGUCGAGCUUGUUCCGUCAGUUCAAGAAUUCUCAGGCGGUGGUAGCUUCGAGAUUAUGGUGGCACAACAAAGAUCCGACUUAUACGUGAAUCUGCCAGCACUCAAGAAACUAGACGCAAUGUUAAUUAGCAUCUUAGAUGGAUUCCACGACACUGAAUUUUAUUACGUUGACCGUGGGACAGUUGUUGCUGACGGUGAACGCAUUAUCGAACCAUAUCAAUGUUCACCUUCUCGUACAAGGCCGUCCGUAACACUUGAAGAAAAAUGGUGGCUGCCGUUCCCUAAGGUUCCAGCAAAUGGUUUGUCCGAAGAAACGAGGAAUCUAUUGCAACACUUCAAGGAGUGCGCUCAUCAGAUUUUGAAAGCUGCUGUGGCAAUCAACAGUACUGUGCUUUCCGAGAUGGAAGUGCCUCAAGUUUACUUGGAAAGCUUGCCAAAGAGCGAGAAAGCUUGCUUAGGAGAUAUACUCUACCGCUAUAUAACUCAUGAUCAAUUCUCCCCCGACUGUCUUCUUGAUUACCUGGAUCUUUCUUCGGAAUAUAGUACUUUAGACAUAGCAAACAGGAUUGAAACUGCCAUACACUUUUGGAGGAUGAAAUAUCAAAAGAAGAAACUAAACAACACAAAAACGGGCUCGUUUUGGGGCAGCACUGUGAAGGGCCUCGUUGUUGAUGUAGAAAAGACUAAACUCUUCGCCCAUCGAGCCAAUGUCCUCCUAAAGAACUUGAAGUUGCACUUCCCUGCUCUGCCACAAACUUCUCUGGACAUGACCAAGAUUCAGUAUAACAAGGAUGUGGGGCAGUCAAUACUCGAAAGCUAUUCUAGGGUAAUUGAGAGCUUAGCUUUUAAUUUGAUGGCAAGGAUUGACGAUCUUUUAUAUGUGGAUGAAGCUACGAAACGACGCGCAAUAGCAGAGUCAAUAUCCAUGCUCAAGUGGAAUAAUAACCAAAAUUCUCGCGGUUCGUUUUCUGACGGAAGCUCGCUUUCGUAUUCAUCGUCACUUCUUGGUUCUCCGUUCCGUUACUUGGUUCCAGUGACUCAGCGGCCCAAGAGAUUGCGCCGUUCAGUAAGCCAGCCUGCUUCUGCCAAUUAUUAUAAUCAAGUAGAUUUAGAGAAUCUGACUUUGUGAUUGAUAAAUCCAGAAACAAAGAGCAAAUGGAGGCCUAAUUGAAUAGAAUGACUCCACAUUGCAUCUGAAGUAGAAGUUAUGAUUAACCGAGCUUGGAUACUAAACGGUAGUUUACGGAUGCGUCGAUUGUUCGAGAUAUAUGUUUCUUUAAUCUAUUACGUACUUGGAAGCAUCUCAAUUAGUUGCCAUUGGCAAACAAAAGAAAAUCUAAUGCACGAAAAAUAAAAUAGACUCCAAAAACUGGAAUGUCAAA